AACAUGUUCUUUCUUUUGUGGCUCAAGGCGGUGUGUCUCACGCCAAUGAGGGUCUGGAAAGCUUCAAACAAAUGUUCCAUGAUGUAGGGAACACUGACGAUGGGGCUGAGUCCUCGUAUUCCUCUCACAUCCACCGAAAGGCUGAUCAUUCGUUCCGUGCAUGAUGGGAAAAGGAGGCACAAGCCUUAAUAUUCGACCUCUACUUUUCCAUACAUAUCUACCAUAAAGCUGUUGACUGAAAGUCGGUUAUAAAAAAGCGAUGCCAGCUAUUGCAGACGAGUCUUCGCAGACUGAGAAAGGCCAGGCCCACAGCACCCACCCCAUAACACUCCCGGAUAUCUUACAGGGCCGGAAGAGCCUAUUUCGUGUACCUUUAUACCAAUCAUCGGGCGCAGAAGACGGUAACGGGAAGAUCUAUCAUGCCCGUCGAGCACAUCGGAAGUCGCGCGCUGGAUGUGUGAAAUGCAAGCAACGAAGAGUCAAGUGUGACGAAACUAAGCCCCACUGCCUGCGAUGCCAAAAGCAUGGAGUUGACUGCAGUUAUGACGCUGGUCAAGUUAACUCUGCGCGCAGCAAGAGUGUUAUAUCUUACUUUAUCGACAAAGUCCCCGGUUUGACUGAGCAGGAAUCAGCGACAUAUACAAUGUCGCUGCUUGCUGUCUCGUCCAAGAUAGACGAGCUGCUACAGAUGAAGUCUAAAAAUGGUCGUCUGUCUUCUAAUAUUCGAGCGUUACACCAUUUCCAUGAAGCUACGACCCCUACCGUCAGCUCCGAGCGUAGUCAGAACAUGAUGAGGGGUAAAAUGAUACAGCUGGCGUUCGAUUCACCGUUCCUCAUGCAUGCCAUCAUCGGCGCAGCAACAUCCCAUCUCCGUCGCAUCUACCCCGAAGACAACACAUACACGAUGGUCGAGGCAUACCACUGGCAAAAAGCCAUCAAGCAGUACUCCGAGGAGAUCUCCACUGCCGUCGGCCCACACAACAUGGACCCCCUCUACUCCGCCUGUCUCCUAAUGACCAUCCACUCCUUCAGUCUUGAAGAAUACAACCCCCGCAGCUCCUUCGUCUUCUCCGACGACCCCGAAUCCCUAAACUGGCUGAUGCUUCAAAGCGGUCUGCGUCAUCUCCUCCAGCUAACGGUCCCCUGGGUGACCCAAAGCAUGUGGUGGGAUGUCUUCAGGCGAUCUCGUGAGGGUAACCCCCUCUACGACGACCAUCGUCCCGGACGCAUCGACCUACACCCGGAACUCGCCGAAAUCUGCGGCAUAGACGAUACCACGACCGAGGAAACAAAUCCCUACCACUGGCCUCUGCGAAUGUUGACCCCAUUGCUCUCCCUCGAGCGAAGCAUGAAGACCUUCACCCACUAUACCAAUUACAUGGGCCGACUGCUACCGGACUACUACGACCAGUUACUGAAGAAGGAUCCGCCUGCAUUGAUUAUUCUCAGCUGGUGGCUGGCCCUCGUAGUAGAUCUUGAGGUCUGGUGGAUGGAAACGCGAGCCAAGUCCGAGUGUGUAGCAAUCUGCAUGUACCUGGAGGAGAGCGACGACCCGCGCAUUCUCAGUUUGCUGGAGUUUCCGGCGCAGGUUUGUGGGUAUUUACUCAAGCAUGUGCAGGAGCGGAUAGCGAGUCAAUAUGAUUUGGUGGUGUUAUAGUUCGCUUGUUAUGACUGGGCUGGUUGGUGUUUUUAUGCACUUUUUUGUUCGUUCGAGCGUUUUGAAGUGUCGUAUCUCACAUUUAAAAAGUCCAGUCCCUUGGUUUGAACAAGUAUAUAUGUAUAUGUAUUAUGUCCUGUGUAGUCUCAUUAUAUGACGCAGAUCAAGC